UAAUAGAUUAAAAGUAUAACAAAAGACGGACAAAAAGAUCGAGCCGAGCCACACCUCCUCAACCAAGAAAUCCCCGAAAUCUUUUGCCACUCAGCUGCACUCUCUCUCCCUGUCCCUCUCUUAAUUCACUCAUCCUCUCUCAUCAUCCUCCUCCUUCGCCCCCCCUAAUAAUCCCCCAUUAAAAAUCAACUUCGCCUCAACAGAAUAAACAUCUCAAAUAAACCACUAAACAAUAAAGAACUAAACCCCUCAAGACCAUCCCACCCAUAUACCUACAUACUUACAUACACACACUCAACAUCCCCAACUCUCACCCCAAAUGCGUCAGCUUCCUCUCUCCCUCUCUGUACUUUUCCUUCCGUACCACCCCAAAACCUUUUUCUUUUCGAGCAUAAGACAGACACCUAAAAAAAAACGCCACUUCAAGUUCAAGCUCAAAACAGCGCCUCUCAGCCUUUCUUCCCCUACCCUUACCCUUUCCUUUUUUUCAGCCCCCAGGGCGGAGAAUUCACACCACACACCGGCCCAGCCGAAGCAGCAAAUCACAAGUUUCCUAAAAAGCCAUCAAAUCAUAAAAAAAAUAAAAAACAUAAAUACCCAGUACAUAAAUUCACUAAAAAAAGAGAGUUCCUGCUCUUGUACUAGCACCCUUUCAAGUUUAAGAGCUGGCUUGACUUUUGAACCAAGCCCCCUUCUCUUUCGCCCCGCGAAUCAUGUACAAACUAAGGGACUUGACCGAGACCGAUUACAUGCAUUCUCGUCUGCUUGUCACUUUUUCAGCUGCUUCGCUCAGCACAGUCGUCGUCAUUUUGUAGACUCCUUCGUCUCAGUGUGUGGGAGGCGAGCGAGGUGGUGUUUGUCAGGUUGUCAUUUUACUCAUUUCGCUUCCGAAGCGCCUUCAGCCGCUCUCUUUUCGGUUUGGCGGCUGAGCUUCUGCCUUGUUCUACUUACCUGUAGCUUGUUUGUUAUUUGCCUUGUCUGUCAGUCUGCCUUGUCUACUCAUAGCGGUCAACAUGGAUCAUUGUUUUCCGGCAUCUGCCUGUAUUUUCCUUUCUCUGCCCUACAAGAGCCCAUCCAUCUGCCGAACGCUCCUUGGAGCCAGCAUCUGGCAGAUGAAACGUGCCCCUUGUCACUGCAACCACUGGAAACAAGCGUACCCAUGACAGAUGGUUUUAUUACUGUUGCUGACUGUGCAUCAAAUCCGUAAAACUCCAUUUGCAUCCAUACCGUAUGCUCUUGACUUUGACUUGACUUGUCCAGAACCUUGUUUACACCCGAUAUCCCGUAGACUAUACACUCCCUAUAACCCUGCCUGGCCAACCUUGCUCUGUAAUAGAGUAAACCCUGGCCCCUCCCUCUUUAAACGCCUGAUAUGAAGCAGAAGAGGGAUGAGAGAAAAAGAGAAGAAAAAAAAGAUACUAAAGAAGGAUUAAAUGAAAAAAGAACAGGGUGAAAAAUUACACCGGAACAAAACAAAAACUCCCCCAGAAUCCAU